ACCUGCGCUCAGCAGGCAGGCCUCUACAUGAAGAUGGAGCCUGUGCGCGAGACCGGCGCUAACGGGACUUCAUUUAGCGUGCGCAAAACAGCCUACUGUGACAUCCACACGCCGCCAGGCUCCGCCCGACCACUGGGGGGGGUGGGAGGGGCCAGUGUAGGCUCCUCCCACAGCGAGGGCGAGGCGGAGGAUGAGGAGGAUGUGGCAGGAGGCGAGGAAGACGGGAAGGGCUGGAGCUCAGAGCGCGCCAAGAGGGCCAAAGCAAAGUCACGGCUGAAGAUGAAGAGGGCCAGAAAGAUCCUGGCCGAGAGGAGAGCGGCCGCACCGGUGGUGUCAGUGCCGUGUAUUCCACCGCACAAGUUGAGUAAGAUCACCAGUAACCUGACGGUGCAGAGGAAGGGUCAGUUCAUGCAGAGGCUGCACAGCUACUGGACGCUGAAGAGACAGAGCCGCAACGGCGUUCCUCUCCUGCGGCGUCUCCAGACGCAUCUGCAGUCCCAGCGCAACACUGAGCCGCUCCCCGCCACGAGGGACGGCCAGGAGAAGCACUCGGUGUUGAAGGAGCAGCUAAAAGCGUGGCAGAGACUCCGGCACGACCUGGAACGAGCCCGACUGCUGGUGGAGCUCAUCCGCAAGAGAGAGAAGCUCAAGAGAGAGACCAUCAAAAUGCAGGAGGUGGCAUUAGAGAUGCAGUUGACUCCGUUCCUGGUGUUUUUGCGAAACGCACUGGAACAACUGCAAGAGCGGGACACCAAUAACUUCUUCACUGAGCCUGUACCUUUAAGUGAGGUCCCAGAUUACCUGGACCACAUCGAGCGCCCAAUGGAUUUCCAGACCAUGUGGAAGUGUUUAGAGUCGCAUCGCUAUCUCAGCUUCGAAGCUUUCGAGGGCGACUUUCUGUUGAUCGUCAACAACUGUUUGAAGUACAACGCCAAAGACACAGUUUUCUACCGUGCUGCGCUACGCUUGCGAGAAGCAGGUGCUGCUGUUUUACGGCAAGCUCGCAGACAGGCAGAGAGAAUCGGAUUCGAUUACGAGACAGGCAUGCAUCUUCCUCGAGAGCCAAGCCCAGAUUCACCACACGAACGAGAGAGAGAGAGACAGCGAGACCGAGACCGAGAGAGAUCAGCAUCACUCAUUGAUGACGAGGAGCAGCUGCAGAUCCUGGAGACGCGCUACGAUGUGGUCAUGUCGGGGAAGCACAGCAUCGGCCAGUCGCGGCGAGCUAAAGUCCUGAAGAAAGAGAUGACUGUACUGAAGCGCAAGCUGGCGCACCAGCGCGAGGGCAUCUGUGGCAUGGGCAGCCUCGAGUCGGGCCUGUCUCUGGAGCGCGGCUCGGUCCUCGCGCAUCACGCCUCGGGGGGAAACCGUCACGAUGAAGGAGAGAGCAGCAGCCACGAGAUCGGUGGGAAAGAUCUGAGCACAUCAUCUUCAGCUCUGGCCCAUGAGGUCGGCCGGCGUACCUCUGUCCUCUUCUCCAAGAAGAACCCUAAAGCGGCUGGGCCUCCCAAGCGCCUGGGUCGACCCCCUAAGAACCGAGAGGCGCUGCAUGGGCCAGGGCUGCUGGGGUCCAGUCCAAUAGGCCCUCCGCAGCUCGCCUCGUCCCGCAAGAGAGCCCACAGUCCCCAGUCCAGCUCCAGCUUCGAGACCGACAGCGAGCACGAUCACCUCAUCCUGGAUCUUCACAGUAAUGGUUUUGGUGGAAGCAGUCAGCCGAAGACCGAGAGUUUCCUGGUGUACAGGAACGAGCGCAGUCUGCCACGCUCCAGCUCCGACUCAGAGUCCACCAGCAGCAGCAGCAGCAGCGCCGCGUCUGACAGGACCAGCACCACGCCUUCUAAACAGGGCCGUGGAAAAGCCUCGUUCUCACGCUCGGCCUUUCAGGAGGACAGCAGCGAGGAAACAUCUGGCACAGAGAACGACUCCUACUCCAUGGGAGGAUCCCGAGGAGUGUCUCACUUGGUUCGGGGCCGGGGCCGCUCUGGAUGCUGGAUGGGUUCAGAUGACUACAGCUCUCUGGACGCUCUGGAUCUGGUGUGGGCCAAGUGCAGAGGAUACCCAUCAUACCCCGCUCUGAUCAUUGAUCCCAAGAUGCCACGGGAGGGUGUGUUCCACCGGGGCGUCCCGAUUCCUGUCCCGCCGAUAGAGGUGCUGAAGCUGGGAGAGCAGAUGACGCAGGAGGCGCGCGAGCAUCUCUUCCUCGUGCUCUUCUUCGACAACAAGAGGACCUGGCAAUGGCUGCCGCGCUCCAAACUGGUUCCUCUGGGCGUCAAUCAGGAUCUGGACAAAGAGAAGAUGCUGGAAGGCCGGAAGUCGAACAUCAGGAAGUCUGUUCAGGUGGCGUAUCACCGCGCCAUGCAGCACCGCAACAAAGUCCAGGGCGACCCCAGCAGCGACACGAGCGACAGCGACUGAACACACAGUUUACACAACUCCAGACGGUGAUGCAUUUCCACUGAAACACACUCUGAUGCUCUCUACUCUGGUGCUAAAGCGCUUCGGGCCCGGUGUUAAAGACUCAGACGUGUGUUUAAUGUUAGAUGUGGCUGUAGAUACACAGUCCGUUUACCUCACACUACAGCCAGUAUUCAAGAUUUGAUGAACACACUCUCUGUCAGACCUCUGCUUACGACUGCAAAAAUCGUGAUGUGUGUGCGUGCGAGAACCCAUGUGAAUGCUGGCAGAGGAUGCAGAACAUGCACAAGUGAAGCGUGAUAAUGUAUUUAUUUGUUCUUCCAAACGAUCCUCAUCUCCCAUGAAGGCGCCCGCACACACCCUCAUCUGGUGAAGCGGUGUGUCUGUCGGUGUUUGUUGUGUAUAUUUCUCUCGUGUUCUGUGUUGUUCUUUGAGAACGAAUGAACGAAUCCAUGACUAACCGUUGUCUGACCAUGUGCCAGUUCUGUCACUGUAGAACUUUUAUACAGUAUAUAUAUAUAAAUAAUACAUGCGAUAGACUUUAAUAAA